AUGUCUCUCGAUACUGGACAACACGGCUUGUUCAAUUUUGACCAAGCUGGUUUCGACUUCAACAUCCCAUUCGAGCAGAUCUUCUUCUCCAUCGUGCCAUCUGUGCUCUUCAUUGUCGCAUCAUCAUGGCGAGCUGUCUCUCAACUUCGCAAGCCUACAUUGGUAAAGGCACCAAUGUUCCAGUCCAUCAAACUCGUACUACAUAUUACCAUCAUCGCAACUCAGUCAUACAUCACUAACAACUAUAUGCCAGGCCGCUAUUCUGAUCUAUCUGGGUCUGGAGCUAGCACUUCUAAUCCUGGCGUCAUUGUCCAAAUUCCAAGCCUCGAGCAUUUUCUGGCGGCGUCGGUUCUGAAACUCCUAUCCGCAUUGACUAUGAUCACUCUUAGUCUUGCUGAUCACAACAAAAGCCCGCGACCUUCUGUUCUGCUCGGGAUUUAUCUCUCCUUGACGCUUCUGCCGGACGCAGCGCAAGCAAGGACUUUCUUCCUAUCAUCGGAUGUUGCUCCUCAAGUCAUAUACAGCAGUGUCUUCUGCGCCGCAAUUGCUCUCAAAUUACUUAUUCUUUUUCUCGAGGCCAAGAAAAAGUCUCAAUGGCUGGCGUGGGAUAAGAGAGCUCACAGUCCCGAAGAGACCAGCGGCAUUUUCUCUCUCGGGGUUUACGCCUGGCUCAACAAGAUGUUCAUGGACGGCUACAAGGGCGUUCUGACCUUGAAUGACCUCUACCCUCUUGACAGUGCCUUGAAUGGAAAGACACUACACGCCAAGUUUUCCACGCGCAUUGAUUAUGCCAAGAUGAAGGGCGAUAAGUAUGGUCUUCUGAAGGUACUGAUACGUACUCUCAAGGGCCCACUACUGAUCCCCAUCAUCCCACGUUUGGCUCUUCUCGCAUUCACGUUCUGUCAGCCUCUGUUUAUCAAGAGGAUGCUGGAUUAUCUCUCAAGCUCCGAACUCGACGCAGAUAUUGGCUACGGUCUUAUCGGAGCCAGCGUAUUGAUAUAUACUGGCAUCGCUAUCUCCUCGGCUCUAUACUGGUAUCACAUCCAGUUUAUAUGGCUAGAUUUUAACUGA